AUGUCAAAUGUCGAUAUAUCAAGUGACGGCCUCAUCGUCGAUUACGAUUCUCGAGGCUAUCUUCAGCAACCAUGGCCCGUAGCCAUCGACCAGAACCCCCCGCGCUCCGAGGACGCCCAUGAUCUGACGCCGCUUCAAACCAGCGGUCACGCCCUCGAACAGUCGGUGGCCCAGGACUCCAGUCUUAUGGUGGACUGGCACUUCCAUCAACAUCUGCAACAAGCCCCUCACCACAAUCACCACCACCCCCAUCACCAUCACCAUCACCACGCCCAACUAUCUUUUUCGCCCGAGGACCCAUCAACUGCGGCCCCUCAAUUCACGGCGGCCAGUUAUGGCAUGGCCAUUCAGUCUUCCCCGGUGGAUCUGAUGGCUACCGGACCCCAAGGCCAGAUGAGUGCCGGGUUGCUUGAUGGUUCUUAUCACCUACCCCUCUCGGCACCCGUGGACCUGGUGCCCUUCACCUAUCACGACUUCCAGGCGGAUCUGAUGGCGUUUCCCAACGGAUUGGCCGAUGUUUCAUACGCUGCCCCCCGCACCAGUUCCCCGACGGACACCUAUCUCGAAGUCCGUUCUCUCUCGAGUAGCGAUAAUGGCUGGAGCACGGUGGACCACCGUCGCUCCCUGGACUUUGGUUUCCCCGAGCAGGGCAUUUUCGUCAACCCGACCCAAACUUUGCACGACCGCAGUCUUUCCGAGUCCUCUUAUUCCACUUCCUACGGUAGUUUCGUGGAUCUUGCCAACCCCAUCAGUUCCCCCGGCUCAGAAUCCCACAUGGACCUCCCUUAUAACAACCCUGGUGCUACGCUCAGCCUGGCUGGCACAUCGCCCACCAGUACGUCCAUGGUGCGCCAUAUUACGGAUGACCACCAAUCGUCUCCUGGGUCUGGCGCUGGCUCGCGCUCCCCAUCUGCAGUCAGCCCGAGUGCAAUGGUUCGCCCUAUCCCCGUUCCGAUCAAGAAGUCGACCUCGCCCAGCCGGUCAUCUGGGUCUCACUCCUCUGCGUCUCCUCCAAGCCGGAAACCAUCCAGGAAGAGCCCCAUCGCGGCCAAGACGUCCGAGACCAAGGUCCGCAAGCAGUCGCAGAACGGUAAGCCCGAGACCGAGAAGCGGGUGGGCAAGCGAAAGGGCCCUCUGAAGCCCGAUCAGCGGAAGCAGGCCAGCGAGAUCCGGAAGCUUCGCGCUUGCUUGCGCUGCAAAUUCCUCAAAAAGACCUGUGACAAAGGCGAGCCUUGCGCUGGUUGCCAGCCUUCGCAUGCUCGGUUAUGGCAAGUCCCGUGUACCCGUAUCGACAUCAAGGAAAUCGGUUAUUUCAUGAAGGAUUGGAAGGCAGACUAUGAGCGUCAUAUCUCGAUGGGCUUCUCCGUUGGUAACAUCAAGGGCUUCUCGAGCGAUGAGCGCACGCUCUUCAUUACCCACGGCUACGGCCAAGUUCUGCCAAUCAAUGCUCGUGAAGUGUAUGUCCGGGACGAGCAGUGUUUCACUAUCGACUGGGUCGAGUCCAUGCAUCGCGAGCCGACGCAGUAUGAGGUUGAGACCGCCAAACUCUCCGCAGGAAUGGAGGGUAUCUCACAUGACAAGCUGUCGGAUUACCUGGACCGCCAUAUCGACGGUAACGGCACUUUCGAGAAGUUCGUUGACGACUACUUUGAGGGUACUCCGUUCCUCACCCAAAUGCUCAAGACAGCUUUCCGCUAUUACUACCGCACCAAGCUGCCCGUUAUUCGGAAGGCGCUCAAGCUGAUCAUCGCCUACAACUUGACCCUGCAUGUCACCAUGGUCGAGGGUGUCGGUGAUGAGGACGCUUUCAUGGGCCGAAUUCAGGAGCCGGGCUCCAAGUUCCGCGGUAAGACAAUGGCCCCAGUCAUGAUCAACUUCCAGAUCAAGUGCGCCAUGGCAAGCAUGUGGCGUGAACUACAGAAGGAUGUGCUGGAAGAGCUGUCGGCGCUGUACUCCAGCGUGUACAGCGGUGAAAAGUUGAAGAACUGGCCCACCAUUUUCAUCCUAGCUUCUAUUCUUUUGGCUGUAUGGGAGGAGAUGCAAUUCGACUCCCACUAUCGGACACCGGACCAAGCUGCCGUCGAGAAGUUCUGUACCGACAUGGAGACUACCCCGGUUGGCGUCAUUGUUGGUUUGUUCCAGGCUAUCUCGCAGAAGCUGCCUCCCUUCACUGAGUGGGACUCACAAAAGCACCACCAUCUCCUCUACUCGAACACGGAUGUCUGCAAUACCAUGACUGAGAGCUAUCUCCGGAGCCGUACUGGCUCCAAGUUCAACAGCCAGGACUUCGACUGCCUGUCGAACAAAUUUGUCUCCCGCCUUGUGAUACGCGCCAACUAA